AUCAGUCAUUUGAAAAGAAACACUGUGUUCCACCAGGAUGCCUACGAAGUGGAUUUCCGUUCUGCUGCUGCUACAACUGGGUUGUCACUUUAGCCCUGGGUGGUGUGGAAAGGUGCUGGUGUGGCCCACAGAAUAUAGCCAUUGGAUGAAUAUGAAGAUAAUUCUGGAUGAACUUGUCCACAGAGGUCAUGAAGUGACUGUUCUGACAUCUUCAGCUUCAAUUCUUGUUGAUCCCAAUAAGGCAUCUGCUAUUAAUUUUGAGAUUUUUCCUACAUCUUUAACAAAAGAUGAUUUUGAGGAUCUUUUCAUGCAGCUGAUCUCUAAAUGGACAAAUACACCAAAAGAUGGCUUUUUUACUUAUUUUUCACUAAUGCAAGAUAUCUUUGGGGAAUAUUAUGAUUACAUUCAGAAGCUCUGUAAAGAUGCAGUUUUAAACAAGAAACUGAUGACAAAACUACAGGAAUCAAGGUUUGAUGUCAUUCUUGCAGACCCCUUUGGACCCUGUGGUGAGCUGCUGGCUGAAGUACUUAAAAUACCUUUGGUGUACAGUCUCCGCUUCACUCCAGGCUCUACAAUUGAGAAGCAUAUUGGAGGACUUCCAUUCCCUCCGUCCUAUGCACCUGUUGUCUUGUCAGAGUUAAGUGAUCAAAUGACCUUCAUGGAGAGGGUAAAAAAUAUGAUAUACGUGCUCUAUUUUGACUUCUGGUUCCAAACAUAUAAUCAGAAGAAGUGGGACCAGUUAUAUACUGAGGUACUAGGAAGACCCACUACAUUAUUUGAAUUAAUGAGUAAAGCUGAAAUAUGGCUCAUUCGGACCUACUGGGACUUUGAAUUUCCCCGCCCAUUCUUACCACAUUUCCAUUUUGUUGGAGGCCUCCACUGCAAACCUGCCAAACCUCUGCCUAAG